CAAAAAUGCGUGUCGCCGCCCCCACUAUUGCUCUUGCCAUUGCGCAGAUCUCCACUGCUGCCUCUCUUCCUCAACUCCAGGCUCGUCAGUCUUCUUCAGAGGACUGCACUGACGUGCAUAUUUUCCUCGGCAAGCCCUACCCCGGUCGUCAGGGCAAGCUCGUGAACGCUAUCUGCGAUGGCCUCCCCAGCUGCAGCUACGAGGAUAUCCUCUUCUACAACCCUGUUGAGGCUCCUUACUGCCAGUCUAUCGACGAGGUUGAUGCAAGUCUAUGCUCAUGGCUAAUCNGUGUCGCAAACGGCAUUGCUCAGCUCAACUCUUACGCCGCUCGCUGCCCCAACUCCAAGUUGGUCAUCUCUGGUUACUCUCAGGGUGCUCAGGUUGUUGGCGACAUCAUCGGUGGUGGAAACGGCACUUUCUUCCAGGGCUGCACCACCACCCCUUCCCNNCCUGCCCUUGAUGUUAACUCUGCUCUCGGCAAGCAGAUCGUCGCUGUCACCGUCUUCGGUAACACCAGACACACUGCCAACCAGCCCUACAACCAGUUCAGCGGUGCUCCCGACAACGGUAUCUUCCCUCGUCCUGACUACCAGCUGGCCAACCUUGCUACCUGGACUUCUAAGCUCCACGACUACUGCGUUGCUGAGGACCCUAUCUGCGCUGGCGGUGAUGUCGUUGCCGACCACUUGAACUACUUCGACCUCUACAGCGAUGUUGCCGCUGCCUGGAUCAAGAGCCAGAUCGCUACUGCCGAUGUUGUUAUCUCCAGCACCAUUGUCUCCCCCAGCAGCACCUUCACUUCCGUCGCCACCUCUGGCAAGGCUGUUCCUACCACCUACGCUUACACCAACAACACCGCCACCACUAAUCCCGCUCUCACUGCUGCUUCUUCUUCUGCUCUCACCUCGAUCCUGUCCUCGGUCAUCGCCAUCCCCACUGUUGCUGCCGAGUCCACUGUGACCGUCACUGUCAACUGUGCUUCCGUUGACACUUCUGCCAUCGCCUCUUACACCUCUGCCUGGGCUUCCACUGCCACUGGUACUCAGAACGUUGGCGCUGGUCCCACUGGUGGCUCUAUCUCCGCCUCUGGCUCUGCUGCCACCACUGGUUCCGCCACCUCUGGCUCCGCUGGAUCCAAGUCUUCCAGCGCUGCCAACGGCACCCACACUCUUAUGCCUUACACUGGUGCCGCAAGCUCCAUUUCUGGCGCCGUUUCCGGCUCUCUUGCCGUUGUCCUCUUGGGCGCUUUCGCUCUGGUUCUC